CAUGGCUCAAAAAAGCAUGGUCCAACGCGUCUUGGUUCAUUUGAAGACCUCCUCUUCUGGGAGCCCGCCUCGUCUUGGAUCUUUUUCGGAAUGUCUGCUCGAAUCACUAGCCCCGUCAGGUGGCCAAGAUCGUCAGAUCAGCGUCAAAUGUUAUCUACAAAACAACCGAGUUAUCCUCGAAGCUGCCGAAUCCUCCGAAGCCACUUCGGCCAAAUUGAAGCACUUGGACGUGUGUCCGAUGAAAAUGAUGGAUCAGAGCGAGAAAGAUCAGUUACCAUCCGAGAUCAUCUCGCGAGGAAUCAAUGUUGGAGUGGUGGCGUUAUUGGAAUCGUCAGACCAUCAUGUCCUGAUAACCCGACGAGCCGCUCACAUGAGGACCUUUCCAGGGGUCUGGGUUCCCCCUGGUGGUGGGAUUGAUUGGGACGAGACGCUCAUACAAGCUGGUCUUCGGGAACUCCUGGAAGAAACUGGGCUCUCAAUCGAAUCCGAGAUCCGACGUAAUCACGUGCUUUGCUUGUGGGAGUCGGUGUAUCCGCCGAUCUUAGCCCUUGGUGAACCCAAACGGCACCACCUCGUCAUCUACUAUCAUAUUCAAGUGGCAUCUUCCAAACUUGAAUUAUCUCGAAGAGUCCGGCUAGAUCCGGAUGAAGUGGACGCUUGUGCUUGGCUCAAUCAACCUCAAGUCGACCUGGUCGUGAAUGGGCACCAAGGUGAUGAUGAGUUAUUACCUCGAGACAUGCCUAAAACCUUCGAGUUGACUAUAAUCGAGAAUGGCGUUCACAAGACCCAAGAAUGGCCCGUGGAAGUUUUGACGGCCAAGGCACCCAAGAGCGGGACGGACAUCGAGAGAAUUUCUUCUGGAACGAGAUACGCGUUGGAACAGUGGCUGCUUUUAUUCAAUCAGACCAUGAUAAGCAAAAUAUAGUUCUCUCUAUGUUGUCACAAAUUGAAAUCCCAUCCUCAAUACUGUUAUUGUUGGUAUUUUUCAGAA